AUGGUGUACGGACAGUAUCAACAGUUCCGGAGCGUACCAACAACUGUCAAGACCUACGAAAAUGAAACAGUUCUACUGCCCUGCUACCACAAUUCUCCCUACAGAUACGUUCGCUGGUCCCGGGAUGAUUUGCUGCUGGCCGAUUCCCGGUAUCCGGAUUUGACGCCACCACCGCGGGUGCAGCUGUGGAAAAACGGCAGCCUCGAGGUCAGCCGGGUGCAGAUGGACGAUACGGGGGACUACACGUGCGAAAUUACCACCGAAGGCGGGAAGGCACUGCAGCAGCAUGCGAUCGAGGUGCAGUACCCUCCAACAGUUUCCAUAUAUCCAUCAAAUCAAAUACAAAUCAAAGUAGGUCAAAUUCUGGAAAUCAUUUGCGACACAACAGGUAUACCGCAGCCAUAUAUUACGUGGAACUUCAAGAAUGAAAACGCCAGUGCAUCUUUUGAGAAUAGCCGCAAAAUUAGCGUUUUGAUAGAGGACAAAGAUUUUGCUGGCCCCAUCGAAUGCCUCGCAACCAACGGCGUUGGUGAACCGGCCAGUGCCGUACUCGACGUUUACGUCGAGUUUUUACCGGAAGUGACCGCCAAAACGACACCCGUCCACACGAAAGUCGGACAAAGCGCACAACUGGAGUGUAUCGUGACUUCCGCACCGACUGCAUCCGUCCACUGGUUUCACAAUGGUUUGCCCCUACCAUCGGAUCGACGAUUUUCCAAGCAGGAUAGCAUCGUCAGUGCACCGCAAUACCACACCGUAUACCGCCACGUGCUUCUCAUACGAAACCUUCGCGACGCCGAUCUGGGUCAGUACGAGUGUAAAGCCGAGAAUAAAAUCGGAAUCAAGGGAACCCAUAUAGAGCUAACCGGACGGCCAAUGCCCGCUUCGUUCAAGCCAUCGGCAGAGAUGUCCUCGCCGACGACACACAACCUCAUCUGGCAGGUGGAGAGUUUUUCGACCAUCAUCGAAUACAAACUAAAGUUUAGAAAGAUUCCCUCGGGUAAUGUAACGCCGAAUAAGCGCUAUCCUAACCUGGCGUGGAGUGAACUUAUCAUACCGUCCGAUGGUUCUGCGGGACCGCUGCACAGUACCGGUUAUACGCUGCAGGGUCUACAGUCUGCCAGUGUCUAUGAGGUUGUUGUGUUGGCCCGAAACCGGUACGGUUGGAGUGAUGCCAGUAAUAUUUUGAGAUUUGCAACGGGUGGUGAAGUUGAGCUGACAGAUCCAGGAUACCAAACAACGGAGACUACUAUUGAUUAUUCUGAUGAAAGUGAAGAUCCUAACAUUACAGACAAUAUAAUUUCGAGGGACUACGAUUACCAUCUGAGUUUCCAGAUCAGUGAAUCUAGAAGCUCCACAGCUAGCGUCGACAUUCCGAGGGGAACCAUACUGGCCACGUUAUUAGCACUGGUAGUAUUACUUCGGUGUAAAUAA